AUGGCUCCCAAACAAAGUACAUCUUACAAAGUUACCAAGCCACCACAGGUGAAUGUAUUAGAUGGAAAACAUAUCAGUGCCAAAAAGGCAGCAAGCUACUUACAUUCAACUCGCCAGCAACAACAACAGCAACAACAACAACAGCAGCAGCAGCAGCGGCUACAACAACAAAAAGGAGGAUCUGUACCGCUGGCUAGCAAUGGAUCAAGUCCCACACAACAAGAGCCGUCAUGGAACCCAAAACAUUUCCGCCUCUUUGUGGGCAAUUUGGGUCCCGAUGCAAGUGAUGACCUUUUGCGUGGCGCAUUUGGAAAAUACACAAGCAUGAGCAACGUCCAUGUGCCAAUUGAUAAGAAAGCGAAAAAACCGAAAGGGUAUGGAUUCGUUGCGUUUGCCAAUGCAGACGAUUAUUUACAAGCGUUUAAGGAUAUGAAUGGGAAGUAUAUUGGACAAUUUCCUGUGCAGUUGAAACGAGCUGAAUCCAGUGUGCCUAAGAAACACAAAAACAAGUCGAAUAGUCCCGUACGAAGUCGUCUGUUUGUACCAAUGACACUCACUAGGUUCAAAUCCAACCUACCUCAGUCAAAUCCACCAAAGAAGAAACAAAAUGACAUAAAAGGGAAGGGCCAUGAUGCGCAGUUACCUACCAGUCCUUCUUCUACUGGGAAACAAGUGCCUUCCAAAAGCGAGUGGGAGAAUUUGAAACUUCACAUACCUGGUGAACAAACCCAAACCAACACUGUCAAAGACCGUGUACCCAAAUUCCCGCUUGGUAAAGAGAAUGUGCCAACAUUGCUACCACGACCUGGCGUACCUCAAGUUGGCAAGCAGUACACUUUCAAACAAGUGAUCAAUAUAUUGAAGAACAAGAAACAACCAGAACUCAUAUAUGAAAGUGAACCCCAUCGAUUAUAUUUCCUAAUGUGUUUUUGUUUAUCAAUAAUGUUUACCAUAUAUGCUUGUGUCUUGUUUGAAUGGGCAUUUUGGAUAUCGCGUAAGGAGUAUAAUGAGAAUGAAAGAGAAGAAACCAAUGAAGCAUUAAGAAAUAGAGAUUGGGCACUUUCAUUGGCCAUGUAUUUGAUACCUUCAAUUACCAUGUUUGUUGCUGCUGCAGGUGCUGCUGUCUUCCCCACCAAAUUGGUUCGGAGAAUGUGGUAUUUACCAGGACCAAAAGAGUAUGUAAAGUUUACGUCGCAUCCAUUGAUUCCAGGAAGACCGACACCCGUGUAUACUGUGCCAUUGGAGAAUUUGAGUCGUCGUAAAACAGCACGUGUGUGGACGGGUAAAGGGUUCUAUGGAACUUCAGAUAAAGGGUUCUUUUUCUUUGUAUUGAGAGAGAAAAUAUCUGCAAUGAAGCUGAAGAGCUGGAUAAUUGAUCGGAAGGGGUUCUUCUGGUCUGAUGGAAGAGUGUUUGAUUACUUGUUUGGUAAGGAAACCCUUCAGGAAGCCGAGGCCGGUGUUCCCUAUGAUCAACAGGUUGGUAUAAUUAAUCGUGAAGUGAAGAAGAAGAAGGAGAGGUUGAGACAACAGCAUGGAUUGUUGUGGAGGUAUAAGUUGAUGCUAGGUGAAAUGAAACUGGAUGUGGGUAAAGUGGGUGGAUUUUUGAGUGGUGGCGAUGGAAAAGAGAAGAAAGAGCCAAAGCAAUUACCUAGAAAAUGA